GCAAAAAGCACAUAUUGCUCCUGUCGAAAUUACGGUGAGCACCGCUCCGGUCAGUAGUCCCUCCUUAGCCAUUGAUAUGAACAGGUAUUCUUCCUUACCUAAGCUGAUUAGUGUGACCAGGUUAGUGUUUAAAUUUAUAAGUAAGAUGAAUAUCUCACAUAAUUUUCCCCAUCCCCUGAAAUACUGGCUACAGAGGGUACAAGAAGAAACCUACAGGGAUGAGAUUAAAUUCAUGAUGGACGGAAAAAUUGUGAAAGGCUCAAUAAUAGAAAAGCUGGGGCUGUAUUUAGAGGAUGAUGUAAUUAGGUGCAGAGGCAGGUUACAAAAUGCUGAAUUGGGGGAAUAUGCUAAGCACCCUAUCUUGCUGCCCAAAACUCAUCACCUGACAACCUUGAUUGUCUUUAAUGCCCAUAAUAACGUGAUGCACGGUGGGGUACAGGAUACCUUAAACUGUAUUCGGGAAACCUUCUGGAUUCCACAAGGACGGCAAAGUGUAAAGGGGGUUAUCAAGUCGUGUGUAAUAUGUCGCCGGGUGGAUGCCAGAACCUACAUGUACCCAGGUCCUCCACCAUUGCCCAAGGAACGCGUGCAGUUGGUAAAACCAUUUGAUGUGACCGGAGUGGACUAUAUGGCAAUAAAUUUUAGGACUUCAGUGGUGUCCCCUUGA